AUGGGCAUAAUGGAGAAGCUAGGGGUGAUAGACCCCUUGAACCACCUUCCCCGCAAUCCGCAAACCUACAACGACAAAUAUGUUGUGGCAUAUGAUUUCAGUGAAAUCGACUCCGAGACUGCCGUCAAGGAGCUAACUACUCUUCUCAACGACCUUGAGUCUGCUGGACUCCAGACCGAGGUGAGAGCGGGCUAUGAGCAAACCCUUCUCAUAUUCGUCAAGGCCCCUCGUGAGCUUCUUGGAAACACCGUCUACAAAUCAAGAGUGAAGGACUGGCUUUAUGGGAUUAUCCCUGAACACCCUGGUGGUAGCAAAACUACCAUCGUUGACGGUGCUUUUGAGGCUGAGGACAUCCUUUCUGUCUAUCAUCUAGUCAAUUGGCCCAAGUCGCUUGGUGGUGCAGGAAUCACUCCAGAGACAGGACAAUGGAAAAACGUCAAGUCCAUUUUCCCUCUUCAUAAUGAAGAGAGAAACGAGUCUCUCCUCAAGCAUCUCAGCAAGCGCCUUUUUCUGACUACCGAUGACCUCGAUUCCAUUCGCGAUCUUUGGGGAACAAAGGUCGCCUUUUACUUCGCUUUCAUCCAGACGUACCUCGUUUUUCUCGCAUUCCCUGCGCUCACCGGUGUCAUUGCGUGGGUAUACCUGUCCAAAUACUCCCUCACCUACGCCAUCUCGACGUGUGUCUGGUGCACCGUCUUCCUCGAGUACUGGAAGAUUCAAGAGGUCGACCUAAGCAUUCGCUGGAACGUGCAAGGCAUCGGCAAGGUCAAAGUGGACCGGCCUCAAUUCAAAUGGGAAAAGAUCAUUACAGAUGAAGCUGGACGAACGAAGCGCUACUUUCCCAAAUGGAAACAAGUGACCCGCCAACUCCUUCAAAUACCAUUCAUCCUCUUCUCGGCUGUCGCGCUCGGCACCAUCAUCAUUCUCGUCUUUGCCAUCGAAGUCCUCAUCUCAGAGGGAUAUGAUGGGCCCUACAAGAACCUCAUGGAAUACGUCCCAACUUGUUUACUCGCAGUUGCACUUCCCUACAUCAGCAGCGCUCUUGAAGAUGUCGCUACCGCUCUAACGAAAUAUGAAAACCAUCGAACGGCCGAUUACCACGAGAUGUCCCUCACGCAAAAGAUUUUCGUUCUCAACAUCAUCACCAACUACCUUCCGAUCCUUAUAACCGCUUUCAUUUAUGUUCCCUUUGGAGACGAUGUCGUUCCCUGGCUGGAGCGCAUGACCAAGUCGUUCCUGGGCGCUGUUGGACAGAAGUACAUGGACGACGACCUCACUUUCCACGUUGAUUCCGACAGGCUACGGGACGAAGUCAUCGCUCUAGUUGUCACGGGGCAAAUUUCUGGAUUUUUUGACGAGAACAUCAUGCCUGUUCUCAAACACAAGGCUCAAAACAUCUACCGCGAGUACAAGAGAUCACACUCCAAAGAUAGCAUGCUCUUGUCAAUUGUCAAGGACGACCCCGAAGAGGCUCGGUUCCUCCGAAGCGCACGCAACCAGGCGACACUCGACAAGUACAACGUCCAAGACGACAUCGCCGAGAUCGUCCUUCAGUUCGGCUACCUCUCGCUGUUCUCCCCCGUAUGGCCGCUAAUCCCCAUCGGCUUUCUCGUCAACAAUGUCAUCGAGCUACGCACCGAUUUCCUCAAAAUCUGCCACGAACACCAACGCCCGGCCCCCGUCCGAACAGACGGCAUCGGCCCGUGGAUCACCUCUCUUGACAUUCUGACCUGGGCCGGCAGCAUCUCCACCGGCGCAAUCGUGCACCUCUUCGGAGCGAACAGCAUCGGCCACGGAGCCUGGUGGGCGCUGCCAAUCACCAUCUUCAUCAGCGAGCACAUCUUCCUCUGCCUCCGCGCCAUGGUGCGCUUCCUCCUGCAACGCGUCGGGUCCAAGCAGAUUCGCAAGCAGCGCCAGCAGCGUUACGCUACGCGCCUCAAACACCUCGAGGAGCUGGAAGCCAACAAGCAGGCGGGACUCAUGCUCUCGGUCGCUGAACGGGAGCGCCGCAAGUCGAUUCGUGCCAUGGGCCAUGAUUCCUUCUGGACCACGCAGAUUGAAGACGGCGCGAGUGCAGCCGCUGCAAUUGGACUUAUCCAGUCGGUGAAAAGGGCCGAAAUUACCAACAACCAGCAGCCGAAGGAAGAUUGA